AUGAGAAGCCGCUGCACUGCAACAGCAGACACGGUCUGUGUGCCCUGUCAAGAUGAAUACUUCAGCAGUGAGCACAACCACAACUUCUGCGAGAGUUGUACAGUCUGCAACACUAGGAAGGGGAGCGUGGAAGUGAAGAAGUGUGAGAAGACCUCUGACAGAAUUUGCAUGUGUGUUGCAGGUUACAUGCCAGAUGUCAGAUACACACUGGGAAGUGUGUGCUCCCUGUGUCCCGAAGGGUCUUAUUCCAUAGGGGGAAAUGAGAACUGUCGACCUUGGACCAACUGCAGCCUUCUUGGGAAAAAUACUCUUCGACCAGGGACAAAAACAGAUGAUGCUGUUUGCAGCAACCACGUCACACAGCCAACUCCCUCUCAGAGUGCAACACCUGCUUUGAACCAUUCCACCACGGACAACAAGAAUAAUGUGUCGACUGCAAUGUCCUCACCAUCCAGACCCAGUGUGAUUUCUGUCAUCUGCCCAGAUACGAACAGCCCCACAGGGGCUAACUGGGGAUCUUUAUCACUUAUCCUUAUUUGUCUGAUACUGCUCAUGGUUAGUGGAAUGUCCAUCCUCCUGUUGAUUAUACAAGCAGCCAAAAAAGAGACCAAGAGGAGGCCUUGUAGAAAUAAGGAAGGAAGGAGCUUUCGAAUUCCUGUCCAGGAAGAACAAAUUGACUCCAAUUCCAGUCUCAUCAAAAACUGA